CGAUGCAGCGCCUCGGCACCCCCAAGCCGCAGCUAGUCUCCCAUCACUCUGGCUACACCGCCGGGGAGACGGUGGGCGGGCUCAGCGUGCUGUUCACAGUGCUCUGCAUUGUUGACCUGUUCGGUGUGUUCCCGGUUAUCGCGCUGCCUAAGAGCGUCAUCGCUUGUGGUUACUACGGCAUUCCGCUGGUGCUGGCCGUGUUUGGGCUGCAGAUAUACACGGCGAUGCUGCUCGGCCGGUGCUGGAUCCUGGCGCGGCAGAUCACGCCUGACAUCCGGGAGAAGAACAGGUACCCGUACGCCGCCGUGGCGGAGCUGGCGUUCGGCCGGCACGCCAGGCGGCUGGUGACGUUCCUCAUUGACGCCACGGUCUUCAGCGCUGGCGUGCCCAACUUUAUAGUCGCAUCCCAAAGCAUGCAGCUCUUCUGGUGGAAGAUCACCGGAGGCGAGGUCGGCAUCUCCUACUGCGUGUGGAUGAUCAUCAUAGGGCUCCUGCUCUGCCCAGUCAUGUGGCUCGGCUCUCCUAAGGACAUGAAAUCGCUAGCAGUCACAUCCGUGGGCAUCGUGUCGACGGUCGCCCUCUGCGUGUGGACCUGCAUCUUACUGGACGACUCGUCGCCGUCCAGCGCUGGGCUGCUGGACCAGCCCCAGCUUCAAGACCUGGUUGUUGCUUACGGCAUCAUAGCUUUCCAGUUCGACAUCCACCCGAUGCUGCUGACCAUCCAAGUGGACAUGAAAGACAGCCGUAAGAUCAACCGCGCGGUGCUCUGCGGGUUCGCCUUCACCGGCGCCCUGUUCGCGGUCACGUCCGCGCUCGCCGCGUACCGUUACGGGAGUGCGGUGGAGAACAACAUACUGCAAGGGAUCCCGCCGUCCAUAGCCCUGUUCGUGGUGGCGCUGCUAGUGACGCUCCAACUUUGUCUCUCCAGCGCCGUCGGCAACUCCGCGCUCUUCCAGCACGUCGAGGAUCUGCUGCACAUACCCAGAGAUUUCAGCUGCCAACGCUGCCUCCUCCGCUCCAGCAUCGUCGCACUAGCCGUAUUCCUCGGCGAGAGCGUGCCACGCUUCGAUCUAGUCAUGGGCCUAGUCGGGUCCACGCUGACCGGCCCGCUAAUGUUCAUAUUCCCCCCUCUCUUCUUCCUGAAGCUGUGCCACGCGAAAUCUAACCUCAAAAUUCUCAAACAAAAUGGCGGAAACAAAAAUGGCGACAGUUUCCCGCUCAUUAUCCACAACGCUUUAGAAACUCAGUACAAAACCUUUGUUGAGACGCAUGACGAGUUUUAUUCAAAAAUGGAACAGUAUAAAAUAAAGUGGUACGAUAUAUUUCUGGCUAUAUUAGUUAUGUCGAUGGGAUUGGUGGCGACAGUGGUGUCGACAUAUUCGAGCUGGUCGGACGCUGUGAGUUCCGCGACGUUUUCGACGCCAUGUUUGUAUAACGCGACCGCGGCCGCGAGAAGCUUUCUCGAGGCGACUACGAAAAUAUAAGGACGGGUGAUCUCAGUAAUACAAAAACAUUUAAUUUGAGA